UCUCGAUGCGUGACGUCACAGUCUCGUCUCGCGACACUAAACUCUGGGAGAGCUGGCCGGCAGGAGCCGAGGAGCUGGACAUUCACAGGCGUUGCGGGACAUUUAAACAGCGAUCCGGGACUGCAGGCUGUCUUAUGACAAUCGGGAGUAUCCCGCGGAAGGCGGGACUUUUGGUCGGUGGUGAAAAUGUACUUAUGGCUGCAACCAUGGAUAACUGGAAAUGAGAUGAAAUGGAAGUUCCAUCUUCAGAGUAGCUAACCUACUUUGACUUUUUGAGCUGGCAUCAAAAUGAGUGAGGUUCAAGCCACGGUUGAAUUUUCUGUGGAGCUGCAAAAAUUCUACAAUGUGGACUUAUUUCAAAGAGGUUUUUAUCAAAUCAGAGCCUCCAUGAAGAUUCCUCCAAGAGUUCCACACAGAAUUGAAGCAAGCCUUUUACGUGUAACAGGUGAUUUGGCCUUUCCAGCAUCAGUCCAAGAUACAGUAGUUUUCAGUAAAAUAUUUCAAAUCCUUUACAAGAAUGAAGAGAUUACAGUUAACGAUGUUAUGAUCUUCAAAAUUAAAAUGCUCCUGGAUGAAAGGAAGAUCGAAGAGAUUCUUAAUGAACUGAAUUUCCAAAUGUUCAUUGACUUAUACUUCACAGACACUGAUUAUUCACCAAAUGACCCAAACGCCUUGCAACUUAUUAGCAGCCGAAGCUUAAAGCUGCACUUAAACCUCCAAAGAGGCCUUCAUGACCACAUUAAUGUAAUGUUUGAUUACUUCCACCUCUCUGUGAUAUCUGUUGUAAUUCAUGGCUCCUUAGUUGCAUUACAUCAGCCGUUAAUAAGCUUUCAUCGAGUGAUGAAAAAUACAUGGUUAAACCGAAAUGCACCAGCACAGAGCAAGGAGUCCUCGAUUCCAACACUGGAAAGUGUAGUGUUUGGCAGUAACUACACAAAGCAGUUAUCAGCAGAUGGCAACAGCUUUGUAGUCCAAGACUGCUUCUUACAACAUGCCUACAGUUUCCAUUCUACGCUCUGUGCCUGCUUGCUCCAUGUUUUCAAGGGACUGGACAGCUAUUUCAUCACAGUUUCAAAGGAGCUACCGCCCUCUCUUAAGCUGGAACUUGCCAAGUCCCGCAUGCAGGUUCUUUAUGACCGUCUCUUCAGAAGAAAACAUUCAUCGGCCCAGCGAGAUUCCACUCGGGAAAAAAUUGAUGUUGAUGUUCGCCUCACUGAAUUAUGUGAAGAAGUGAAGAAAAUAGAAAAUCCUGAUGAACUGGCAGAACUGAUAAAUAUGAACCUUGCACAGCUUUGCUCUCUUCUUAUGGCUUUGUGGGGACAGUUCCUUGAAGUUGUUGUCUUGCAAGACGAAAUUACAACCUUUAUUUCACAGCAGCACCACAUUUUACGGGUGCGUAGAUUUGCUGAGGCUUUCUUUUGUCUUGAGCACCCUCGACAAGCAGCCCUUGCAUAUCAGGAACUGCAUGCCCAAAGUCAUCUUCAGAUGUCCACAGCUGUAAAAAACUCUUCAUACUUUAGUUCUCUCCCUCCACUUCCCAUCGAGUGCAGUGAACUGGAUGGAGACUUUUCCUCUCUGCCUAUAAUAUUUGAAGAUAGGUAUUUAGAUUAUAUUAUGGAAGAUUUGGAUGUGCCAUGGUUGGGAGCUCAGAAUUUACAAAGGUUGGAUUCCAGCAAACAGGAGAAGCAUGACAAUGACGAGGAAUCUGCAUGUGGGCCUGUGAGCCCAGAGCUUAAAGUCAGGACUGAAGGUGCCUCAACUUCUGCUUGGUGUACUGAAGGUGAUAAACAGCUUGCAAAAUCCCAAAAGGGUAAAAAUGAAGAUGAAACUAAAUCAAAAACAAAAGUAAAUAAGCUCAUGAAAUCAAUGAAACAUGAGAAUCCAAAAAAGAUAGUAAAACAAAAUUCUAAGGAGUCAGUGGUUUUAGUGAGCUACAAGUGUUUAAAGGCUGCUACAGCAGAGUCUAUGUCUAAACCCUUUGAAGGCAGGCCUUCACAUUGUCAUAAGGAUGGACGUAACCACAUGCAGGGCUUUCUGCCAAGUGACACUAAGUCCUCUGGGUUACAAACAUUACAAAAAGGGCAUACCUCUCUAUCAUCUAAUGCAGGCACAAAUAAACCACUGUUGACAACAUUUGACUGUACCAAGAGAAACCAGAGCAGUACUUGGGAUACUGGUAAUCUAACACCUUUCUCCGCUUCCGCCAUUUUAGGUACACUCAGCAUGCAACAAGCAGGCACUGGGCUUAUACCACUGGAUAGCGCUCUGCAGACUGUUGUUCCUGAAGAAAGCUGCCAUGGUAGUCAAACCAUGAUCCCUUCAGGAGUAAGGACAAUAGUGGUUAAGCCAUGUAACAAGAACCCGUUUGAGGGUGAGAAGGUGACUGUUCUUUUGGGUUCCAAGCCAGAAAUUUGUAAUGAUGGUAUAAAUAAAGAUGGAUUGCAGGAGCAAGGGCAUGUUCCUUUGCAUUGUGGAAUGGCACCAUCACUUAAUAUGGACACUGCAUUUAAUAAAAAUGUUGCACUGGAUACAAAUUACACACUGACUGGAAAUGAGAGCUUCUCAAAGGUAAAAAGCAAUCUGCAAACCACUAUCUCAAAAGAGGUCCACAUUGUUGUAAGCAGUGACACCAUUAAAUUACCAGAUAUUAACCUUACAUGUGCUUCUUCGCGGUUUUCUGAUUCUGGUGUAGAAAGCGAGCCCAGCUCCUUUUCUACUCAUCCAAAUCCAGAGCCAAAUGUGGAAGAACCAACGGCACCAGGCACAGUUUUGACAGACAAAGUAUUGCCGCAUCUGUUGCUAAAACCAGAGUCAAAUGUUAAGACUGCAGUAGAAACCUACUGCACUGAGAGUACCAGCGCACUGAGUGAAAUUCAGUCAUCUUUGACAUCAAUCAACUCAUUGCCAUCAGAUGAUGACGAGCUUUCACCAGACGAUGCUUCAAAAAUAUCUGUCACGGAAAGUAAAUUCAAAGACAAUAAAACGGUUUUAGAUUUAGGUAAAGUUGACUUGCCAAAGACUGACAGCAAAAAAUCAAACUUUCUCUUGCAACCUCAGUGUGUUGUGUUUUCUGACAAUGAAACUAUGUCAGUACAUUCUUCCCUUUCAAGUAUCCGAGAUCUUUUUCAGUUUGCCAUUUCAGAUGAGGAAACUCCAAAUGAAGUCAAAAGUAUUCCUGUCCCAAUGUCAAACAGCAUAACCACUUUUAGAGAGCUUCAAACCCACGACAAGCCCCUCAGUGCCACUCAAGGCACAACAAAUACGGAAGUGAUUGUUUUUGGAGAGCAUUCUAUAAUUUCUGGUUCAGUUGCAUGUGGUAACAGGCUGCAACAAGGCAUGCUAGAUUAUAGUGAAACUGGACUAAAAGACUACUCUGCAGUAACAGGUGAAAGCCAAACUGGCACUGCAAAUCUUUCCUCUAAUAGCAGCUCUGAUAUGGUGAAGCAAGGCUUUGUUGAAAAUUACUUUGGAUCUCAAAGUAGCACUGACAUUUCUGAAAUGAGUCCAGGCGAUGAUGUCAAAUAUGCUGCAACUGCAAAAGAAAAUAUAAAGCAUUUGCUAGAUGGCCCAUCAGUUUCCGAAGAAAUUGAUGAGGAAGAACAAGAUGAAGAAAUGAUUGAGAAUGGCUACUAUGAGGAGACAGAUGGCCCACUAUAUAGGUCUGAUGAUACAGUAUGUGAAGUUGAAUUUGACUCUGCCAAUGAAACAUGUUUAAGAUCAGAGCAAAUAAGCUCUGAGUAUUUAAGAGAUUCUAUGAACAUGCCUGGUGUUUGUACGCCUAGCUGUUUUUCCUACACGUUGAGAGACUCUCCUUGUGGCACCACAUUUCCUUCCAGGAGCAUGAUUGACACCAUCACAAUACAGCCAGGUGGCGCAACAUCAAUAUCCCUUUCCUGGUAUGAAAGUUCUCCCAAGCCUUUAAUGCUAGCAUUUCUGCAGGCUAAAGAAGAGCUGAAGCAGUUGAAACUGCCGGGUUUCUUAUACAGUGAUGUCCCUCAGUUGGCCUCCAGUGUUCCAUAUUUCAACAUGGAGGAAGAUGAUGACCCUGAUGAAGGAAUACAUUUGAUUGUCUGUGUGCAUGGUCUUGAUGGGAAUAGUGCUGACCUUCGCCUGGUAAGAACUUACAUUGAACUUGGACUGCCUGGUGGAAGGAAGGAGUUCCUUAUGUCUGAGAGAAACCAGAAUGAUACCUUUGCCGAUUUUGACUCCAUGACUGAUCGGCUUCUAGAUGAAAUAGUUCAAUAUAUCCAAAUUUACAGUCUGUCAAUAUCCAGGAUCAGUUUUAUAGGCCAUUCCUUAGGCAAUUUAAUUAUCCGUUCAGUUCUUUCAAGACCCAGAUUUAAAUGUUACCUCAGCAAGCUGCAUACUUUCCUUUCCUUAUCUGGGCCACAUCUGGGGACUCUGUACAAUAGCAGUGCUCUGGUUAAUACAGGCUUAUGGUUUAUGCAGAAGUGGAAAAAGUCAGGCUCUCUGUUGCAGCUAACGUGCAGAGACAACUCAGAUCCACGACAAACAUUCUUGUACAAACUUAGCAAGAAACAAGGCCUGGAGUAUUUCAGGAAUGUGGUUCUGGUGAGCUCCUUGCAGGAUCGGUAUGUGCCCUAUCACUCAGCUCGCAUUGAAAUGUGCAAAACUGCUCUGAAGGAUAAACAGUCAGGGCCGGUUUAUGCAGAGAUGAUCCAAAAUAUCCUUUCGCCUGUCCUGCAAAAUAAGGACUGCAAUUUAGUGCGCUAUGAUGUCAUACAUGCUUUACCCAAUACAGCAAAUUCUCUAAUUGGACGAGCAGCCCACAUUGCGGUUUUGGACUCUGAAGUAUUUUUGGAAAAGUUCUUUCUUGUUGCUGGUCUCCGAUAUUUCCAAUAGAAGGAAAGCACUGCCAGACAUGUGUAAUACCUCAUUAACAACAAAUCUCAAAAUGUUAUGGUAUUAAAGUAUUAUCUGCCAUUGUAUUUUGAGCAAUGUUAAUUUUUUUUUUACUAAAUAUAAUUUAUAUCCUCCAAUUUGUAAUACACUGGUGAUUAUACAUUUUUUGCAGGGAUGGUUGCAUUCUCUCGCAUAGGGCAAGGGUUCAUUUUGAUGGAAUGUGCAGUUUCAUAUAUGAAAAGUUUCUUUAACUUCUUGGAUUGGCUAUAUAUUUGCCUGCUGGGCUGUUUGAUUGGGGUUUUUCUUUGAUGCUUAUUUCAUUAAAACAUGUUAUUAAACUAAUAAGAAAAAGGGUAAAAGAUAUUGGUUAUGUCACUAGUGAAAAUGAACAGGGCUGCUGUAUUACUAGAGCGUGGUGGAGAAUCUGUGGCUACCUUCAAGGCACCCUGUAGACUUCUCAUUUAUUAUGUGGUCAGCUGGUCUGACCAUUUGAUAAUUGUGCUGUUUUACCAUUGCUCUAGAAUUCUCCACAUUUUGGCUUUCAUAACUUUGAAGGCCAUGAUCUAUUGAUUCAACCAGUUUCUUUCCUUAAAUCCCAUGCUUCGUCUUUCAGAUUGUAUUUAUUUAGUGGUUUGAUGAAUGCUUGUAAUUGUGCAGGCCUUAUACCAUGCAUCAGUAUGCAUUUCUACACUUGUUUGUGCAAGGCUGGAGGGCCUGAGAGGUUACAAUUAAUAAAUCCUGCUGAAGGAAAUGUUUUUGUGGACGUCUGUCUAAUCGGUUAUUAAGAAGCCUCUUAAACAUAGUAAUAAAUACCCCAAGAUGUGGGGAAUUCUCUUACAUGAACUCACACCAGUUAUCAGAUGGAGAAAUGCAGUGUAUGUCCACAAAUUAGACUAAAACCCCCCCCCCCCGACCUUUUUUUUCGGCUUGUGUUUUUUUACUCUCAUUUCAGGUUCCAACAACUGCAUUUUAAAAAAGCAAUGAUACAGCUCCCAGGCUGACUCAAUGUUGUUCUGUUGUCAUUCUCUUUUGAAUGGAAGGGUUCCAGGUUGUUUAAUAGCUAAAGAGACACUGGCAAAAUAUCCUGAAAAGAAAAAAAAAACAUUUCUACUUUUAUCAGUAAAGUUAUCAGUGAAUAUCAGGCAUUGUGACUUUGAUAUAAAAUGGUAGCUUAUGUGAGCAGAUAGCUGUUGUGCAAGUAAUAUAGAAGCUUGCCUACAGUCUACUUUUGUUUCAGAUGCACAACCUGCUUGGUCAGAAUGUCCGCAAACUUAGCUUUAACUAACUUUAUAAGACAGCUGUUGAGCUGAAAGCCUGGUAUUAACAGUCUAAAACAGCCUGGCGGCCAU